UGUCGGAGAUCGUUCGCCGUCCGGGUGCGUCACGGAUUAACUGCAGCGAUGGAUUUCAACUUCGCGGAGAGGUGACGGAUUCAAGCUGUGCUGCAGUAGCAGCGGCGCAGCCACUCGGAGUCUAACUCUCGGUUUUUUUGUUUUUUGUUUUUUGUUCUUUUUGUUUUGCAGAGCCCGCCUGGCUAUGACCAACGGCACCAUCCGUCAUCGUACUCCGCAAUGCGACGUUGAGCUCUUUCUUCAAACUCAAAUGCUUGACGGAAGAGAAGAUCUGACAAUGCCUCCGAGCCCCGCUUCAUUCGUGUUUUCAUCCCCGCGUACGACUCCCUCUGCCAUUACUGCUCUCCCUCCCCUGGCCACCGUUCUCAUGACCCUUGCAUUUGGAGCCGUGCCGGCCCAUUGAAUGUGCUGCGAAGGAUUUAUUGCCACCCUUGGCGAGGGUCGCGCAGUGGGGACUGAGUGCCCGGAUUGGAGCUCACGCGGCGGUUGUUCUCUUGAACAUUGGUUAAAUAAGAUGUGCUAGAAUACUCUUCAGUUCGUUGUGAGUUUCGGAGUGUGUCAAGAAUCUUGAUCCGAGAGCCGUACUCGAGGAUUUCGGUAUGCUGGCCUACUAUAUAUUUUGGAGCUGUAUUGGCUAUUGACUCGUGGAGUGUUGAAUUCGGCCUCUGCUGUAUGCAAUCAUCUCCCUUUUGUUUUCGAAGAUCGUUGUGGUUAGCUUUGGUUUGUUUGGGUAGUACUGAGUUAUAGAGGGUAGGAUAGAGCUGAAGGCCGUCGAAGGCAACUUGGAAUUCUAAUUAAUUGUAGCGACAUGGUGGGGUCACGGAUCGCCUGGUGCUGCGUGAGUAUGGGAAUGUUGCUCUUGAUGGGGGCUUCACAAUUUGUGAGUGGACUCGGGGUGAAUUGGGGCACUAUGUCUGUCAACCCAAUGCCUCCUGGAUAUGUGGUGAAGAUGCUGCAAGCGAAUGGCAUAAAAAAGGUGAAGCUCUUUGAUGCUGAUCACGAUGUAGUGAAAUCGAUGGCGGGAACCGACAUUGAAGUUAUGGUGGCCGCACCGAAUGACUUGCUCUUCAAGCUUGCCACUUUGAAAGGGGCAGCUGACGCAUGGGUGAAACAAAAUGUGACGCGUUUCAAUUUCAAAGGCGGGGUUAACAUCAGAUGGGUUGCAGUAGGGAACGAGCCAUUCCUCACUGCAUACGAAGGCCAAUACUUAAACACAACAUUACCAGCUCUUAAAAAUGUAGUCGAUGCUUUAGCGAAGGCAGGUCACGCAAACACGGUGAGGGCUAUCAUCCCGUUCAAUGCCGAUAUUCUGGAUGGUGCUCCAUUGCCAUCAGCAACCCGAUUCAAGGCAGAGUACCUGGACCAAAUUCUCCCGAUGUUGCAGAUUUUUAACAGUACAAACUCUCCAUUCAGCGUCAAUCUGUACCCAUUCAUUAGCAAGUACCAAAAUCCUAGUUUUCCCUUAGACUACGCCUUCUUCGGAGGAACUACUUCCCCUCUUAUAGAUGGCUCAAAUACGUACACCAAUGCCCUUGAUGCGAGUGUGGAUGCGUUGAUAGCUGCCCUUGGAGCAGCAGGGUACCCAAAUAUGCCUGUUGUACUCGGCGAAAUCGGCUGGCCUACUGAUGGAAACGAAUAUGCUACCAGAGAGUUGGCUGGGACCUACAAUCAACAGCUGAUUAACCACUUGCAAAGUAAUAAGGGUACCCCCAUGCGGCCCAACACGUUCACUGAAUUUUACAUGUUCGGAUGGCUAGAUGAGAAUAUCAAGAGCAUCCUUCCUGGAGCAUUCGAGCGCCACUGGGGGAUGUUUUUCUACGAUGGAGUUGCCAAAUACGAACUUAAUCUUGCAGGUGGCACAGACGCUCCUGCACAAACGUUAAAGAAUGCUGAGUACCCACCCUACAUGAGUGCUCAAUACUGCGUGUUAAACACAUAUGCUGACAGGACCAAUCUCAGUGAGAACGUAGCUUUUGCAUGCUCUCGUGCAGAUUGUACACCUUUGUUUCCUGGCUCCUCCUGCGCAGGCUUGUCGCUCGAGCAGAAUGCGUCCUACUCUUUCAACGCAUAUUUCCAGUUUCAAAACCAAGAUCCUGCUGCAUGCAAUUUCCAAGGUCUGGCCAGUAUUACAACCGUGGACCCUUCUGCAGGAAACUGUCGUUUUAUCAUUGGACUCGUCAAAUCGAAACCGUCCACAUCAAGAUCAGAUGCUGGAAGUGCCUUCAGACCAAAGAAUUACAAUAAUGGUAUAAUUGUGGCAAUCUCUGCCCUCUUUUUGAGUAAUCUGUUUUGUUUUAGUUAGGAUCUACACUACAGUAGUGUUCAAAUUUGUACAUUGGUAGGCACAGAGCUUGAUUCCUCUCAAUGGGUCUGCGGCCUUUCUGGUCGCAACAAGUGAAAGGCAAGUUCAACGCAGAGGAGAUAAAUGAUUAUACCCAUUUUUUGUAGCAGUAGUUUAUUUCAGGUUUUGGCACAUUCAGAUAAGUAUCAGCUUGCAUCAAGCGCGCCUUUUGUCGAAGGCACACUGUCAUGUCCCUCCCGAGCAUGCCGAGAGGGAUAAAGACUGGUCCAGGGCGAGACUUACAUAGGACUUGACCACGGACCUCUCAUAUUCCACAAGCAACAGCUGAUAUGUCAAUCUCUUGUGACAGAAAGUGGGUUUGUGACUAAUUUUGUGAAGAAACUCGAUUCAAACGUCUUUUGUUGCAUC